CUCACCUCAAUCCUACAUUUGCAUUUGAGGUAAUUCAUUAAUUUUGGCAACUGCGUAGUAUGAAAUAACAGUAAUCCCACCAAGCGCUGAAUGUCUUUUCUCUCUGUGUCUUUGCUUCUUCUCGUUCUCCUUUUGUCAUUGACCUUUGGACCCCAUCUCUGUCUGCAUAUUGACUGUUGGACUGCGAGUCACUUGAGCUAGCUGUCGAUACUUACCUGGUUUACACACCCUGAGAGCUGUGGUCUUCAAGCAGACACGCUGGAUAAUUGCAGAAUGCCACACGAGAUGACGGAUUGAAGACCAGAUGAGCCUAUGGAUGCUCUCACAUCAACGAACAUGAAAAAGCAGAGCGAUCACAACAUAAAUAGACAGAUUGCAGGAUGGAUGAAUUGAUAGAUCUUUUAGAGAAGGUCAAACUUCUGUGCUCACACUCUCAAACCAUCGUGAAAAGAAGAGAAAUUGAUUGCCGCUCACAAAAGGGUUGAAAUGACCAAGAAAUUAUUUUUCUGGGCAAUGAACAUUGUGAGUGAGAGAGAGAGGGAGAGAAAGGGGGAAAAUACCCAGCCUCUUUGUAUGAAUUGUCUCAAAAGUAACUAUAGUCAUCUUCAAGAUGUUGCCAGUGUUCUGGUCAAAUGGCCUUGACCAGACCAGAGCGGUUUUGAGUUUCGGUACCUCAUCUGAAGUUUGUCCUUAAAUGUAGCCUUCACAUUUUGCCAAAGGAGAUAGCCAUGAUGUCAUCAUUUCACCUGUCAAGAGUCUGUCAAAGUUACCUUGGAGACAACUGGCACUCGUGGAACCCUAGUGCCCCAUGGCACAAGCUUUCGAUUGUGGAUAUCACAGUUCCUCGAUUGAUGGAUGCCUCCAAUCCACACUAUAUUACCCUGCUGGGGUGCCACUGAAGACAUCUAACACCCCCCACCCCUUCCCACAGUGUAAAUAAAGACAUCUAGGGGGAAAAAAUGAAUGCUUCUUUAAUCAUAUGACGUCUGUGUGCACCAAGCCGUUCAAACGGCGCGCCACUAAUGGACUGCUGAUGAAUAGACAAAGGGAACAACCAUCCACAGUGAGCAGAACAAAUAGGCCUCCAGCACAAAUGGAGAUAAACAUAAUUUCCAACAACUCUGUGAACUACAAGAAGAAGCAGCCUACUGCUAUUGACAAAAAUCUCCCAGGGACUGAAGGUUCUUUGGUUUCCCAACAUGCACUGCAGCGCAUCGAUUAUACUGCACGGAACAGCACAGUCAUUGCUCACCGAGUUGGAUCAGAUAAAGCCCAGAGAUUCUCGGUCCAUCCUACAGCCAGCAGCCACGGUGCCGGCUCCGGCCCUUGGUUUCCGUCUGAGGCGAGGCCACUUGGGAGUGCUGGUGUAGUGGAGGUAUGGACUGUAACUGUGUUAGUGACCUGCUGCUCACGCCACCUGUCCCAACCCUCUGGACACCAGGCAUCGCCUUCCCAGACUGGGCCUAUAAGCCAGAAUCAAGCCCAGGCUCCAGGCAGAUCCAGCUGUGGCACUUCAUCCUGGAGCUGCUGCAGAAGGAGGAAUACCACGGGGUGAUUGCCUGGCAGGGAGACUAUGGAGAAUUUGUGAUCAAAGACCCAGAUGAGGUGGCAAGACUGUGGGGCAUUCGGAAGUGCAAACCUCACAUGAACUACGACAAGCUCAGCCGAGCACUAAGGUACUACUACAAUAAACGCAUUUUGCACAAAACUAAAGGAAAGCGCUUCACCUACAAGUUCAACUUCAGUAAGGUGGUUCUGGUGAAUUACCCACUGCUGGACAUGGCCAGCUCUCCGUUCCUGUUGGCUCAGAACCACUUCAAUGGAGGAGGAGCAACACCAGACUGCAGCCCUGUCACCCCUGAGGCCCUUCAGUCUUUAUUCCCUCGUUUACCUGAAUCAGGUCGAGGGUCCUCUAUAUUUGAGCGCACUGCAGGGGCCCCAGGGCCUGAAGGGGACAAGCUGAGACUGGACACUUUUCCUUUCCUCGGCUCAGGGGCUCCUUGUUACUCCAAACCUCCAUCCCUUUUGGGUCCUUACCCACGGAACCCCUCUUUUGACUACCCCUGGGGCUUCAACCCCUAUCUCCCAGGGGCCUUUUCUCUGAACAACUGUCCCAAAUUGCCCCCAGGCUCCCUGUACUCUUCACAUUUCUAUCCCAGCCCGCUCCAUUCCGGCCUGUCUCAGCUGUCACACCCCUUCUCUUCGCUCUUACCCCCCGGAGACACGACCGGGGCAGAACGUGGUCAAACGGGAGGAGCAAAUGGCUCUGCAGGCGGUCAACCUCCCAGACUCUGCAUCCCACCAUACCCAGGGAACUUGCCACUCGGCCGGACUGAGCCGGGGAACGGGGGUACAGGUGUCGGUGACCGGGAUAGAGGGGAGACCAACACUGGGAUAAUGGGUGGAGCUCUUGGUUUGGGGUUAGGCCUAGGAUUGGGUUUGGGUGGAGUUGGCAUGGGAAAUGGAGGAGGAGGCCAUCAAAGCCCUUCUGAGCGGAGAAAGGGUGUGAAGCAGGAUCCGGAGUCUGACUCUGAGCUGGAGAUCACAGACUUGAGCGACUGCAGCUCAGAGAAUGAGAACGAGCGGGACUUCUCUCUGGCGAAGGAGCCAGGGCUGGGUGGUCGCUCACACCCUCUAGAGGCCAAAACUAGGGGUCUCGGGGGAGUUUUGCCCCCUCUCUCUUCUCUUCCUCCACCUGUGUCUCCGCAUCCCCUCAAAAGACUGGGACCCCUGACUCCUCCACCAUCAUCCCUGCCUCCAUCCCUCUCGCCUUCCCUCACUAUAAUCGACCGGCACAGGGAAACAGAGACACUUAAACUUGCUCACAGUUAAUUUGUUCUGUUGUGUGAUUUAUUUAUUUUUUGUUGAUGUCUUGCACAUGUUCUCUCUUUUUCUUAUUCUGUCUGUGUAUUCCUGCAUUUGUGAAAUAACACACUUUUUAAAUUGCACUGCAUUCUGGUGCUGCUGAAACAGGCAGUAAAUUUGUUCAGUUUGGUGUAUUUCAGACUUUUCAUAAAUGAAUGUUAAGCUCUGCAAUACAGUGUUCAGCUGAAGAGUGUAACACAAGCAAAAUGCAAUAAUGGCAACACUCAAAUAACAUAGUUAUUUUAAGGUGAUUCAGUUGUGUUGCGAUAAAGCACUUUUGUUUUUAUUUUCGUGCCGAUUCCAAGGGAUUUAGACAUAUAAGUGGUCAAACAUUGCCAUCUUGUGGUUGUAUUUAUCUAAGCCUUUCAUUGUUUCUAGGCAAUUAUUUAUUCAUGUUCACUUUCAAUUUUGCAGGUCUAGUCCAUGUCUUUUUUUAUAUAUAUAUAUCAAAAAAAAAGGAGAAAAAAAGUAUGACCCUGAGAAUAAGAGACAGAAUCAACACUGCUCAUGCCAGUGACUAUUUAAAGUUUGUAUGUAUUUCAUUGUAUAUAUUUUAUUAUUGUGUACAUUAAGUACUAUUACUAUAUGGGAUAGUUGUAUUGGUAUCAUUUUACUCUGUAUCUAACUGAAGAGUGAUAUAUGAGACAGGAAAAUUGUUAAGUAUAUAUGUGUAGUGACCCAAAGUUGACAGAGAAAGAGCACUUUUUUUUCACAUGGUCAUAAGAAUGGCAUUUAGAUGGGGAAGUGUGAAAAAUAAAUAAAUUACCAAAUCACAAAAACCCUGCUCUUUCUAAUUGUGCCCUGUGGAAAUGUUCCCCAGAUCCCUCUGAGUAGAUGAUCCUGAUGGACGGAGUAUGCCACUAGUCUCUUAUUUCAAUAAUUCAUUUACCUAGUGGUGAAGUACUAAAAAGUGUGAAUAAUAUUAGUUGCAGCAUCUGCUAAUUUGUUUAACCAGUGUUCAUGUAACGUUUAUUAUGUUUGAUAUAUGAACUUCUGAUCUGAAUGUAAAAACAAUACAUAGGAGCAGAAUGACACACUCUGAUUAACAGAUUACCUUCAAAUACAAUUCAGACAAGUUGGGGGGAGGGGGGUACAGAUAACAUUUGAUACAAAAGCAAAAUGCAAGUAAGAUUUUACCAAACCAUGGCAGCAAUAUUUCCAGAUAUUCUUCUAUGAUAUUAUCUCAUUCUAGAUAAGAACUUGAAAGAACUUGUUACACGACAGUUGGUGCCCUUGACUUGCCCGUACUAGAGGAGAUUUCAGCUGUACAUAGGACUUUGUGUAGUUGUUUGUACACAUUGAAAGAAAAAUACCAUUUACCUUUCAGUAAAGAUGUUCUUUGUUUAAUUGUGAAAUUUAAAACUGAAAGGAUGACUAGAACAAAAAUGAGCAAAGAGUAAUAUCCU